UUACCGCCAUCUCCAUCUUUUUAGCAGACGAAUAUUAAUCGCAGCCAUGACAACACUUAGAGAAGAUAAACUUCAUCAAAUGUGUUAUUGAACUCGAGAUUUCAUUAUCUUUGUUGGUGAAAAUGUGAACCUGUCCGUGUUCUUGGAGUGCUGUAUCAUUUAGCGAAGCUGACUACCAAGUCAGCCAUCUGUAGACUUGACAAUGGGAUGUGGAAAGAGUGUACCUGAGAAGGGACCAAGAAGAAAGAGUAGUACUGGAUUCCUGUUCAAUCGACAGAAAGUCAGCAUUCGUAUAGGAAAUGAAGUUAAAUUGCAUGAAAAUGCUCCGGAAAUAAUAUUUGUCUUUGGUGGUCCUGGAACAAAGAAGGGCAAGCUUGUGGAAGACCUCAUCCAGACCUUUGGAUUCCGUUUGAUAAAUUUAGAAAAACUCAUCCUGAAGGAGCUAGCCAAAGAUCCUGAUGAAGUUGGAGGAGCUGCAACAAGUGAAAUCAUUGACUAUGUGAAGGAGAGUCCAGAGAAAAUCACACUGAGAUGGGCUCUGAAUGAAAUCAAGAAGGAAGUGGAGGCUGACCGUCAGGGAAGCUAUGUGAUCGAUCUGAUGCCCAAUCUCAGGGGGCUUGUACGCAGUGCUGGACUUGUCAAAGACCCCACCUUCGAACUGAAGAACUUUGAGACAUCUUUUCCCAUAUCGUUUGCCAUCAACUUCUCCAUCCCCCUGGACAAGAUGGUGAAGAAGAAGAACGAACCUGAGUGUGUGAAGGCGCCUGAGGCGGAGAACAAGAAGGAAGGAGGCAACCAGGCAGGGAAAAGUGAUGAAGCCGACUCAGGCAGAACCAAGAGAAGAGCCACCCUGUUUGACAGUAGCGUGCGGCCAUUCGUGGACUACUUCCAGAAGUCUGGCCGCCUUGUCAACAUUGAUGUGUCAUGUGGGAUGCUGGAUCUGAUCUGGUCACGGAUGUGUGAGGUCUUCUUUGACUUACAAAUCACAAACUGUGCUAAUGCUGACACUGUCAUCAUCUUUGCUUUUGAUGAGAGCACCAUAGAAGAUAUAGAGCUGGGCCAGUACUGCAUUCACAGACUGAAUCUGAGAGAACAUAUUCAGGAUCCGCAGGAGCCUGCUGAGAAGAUACUCACGUCUAUAAGUCAUGUGAUUGAACAAUAUGACCCAACUGUGAAAGCUUUUGCUGUCAACCUUGAAGGGACAUCACUGGACAAGAAGAUGACUGUAGAGGGCAAGCGCCGUAUCAUGUUUGUUGAUGAGAACAACAUGAAGCUGGACUCGCACAUCAAGAUGCAGAUGAAAGGCAAACCAUGCGCGAAGAACUUCAAAGCCAUGUGUUCAUUGGAAAACCAAAUUUGCCUCUUCCCACAAGACACUGACCUGGAGCUCUGCAAGAACAUCUCUCUCUUCUUGGCCAAGUGCAGACUCAAUUCCUGAACUGCCGGAACGAUAACGUGAGGUGAGCUGUUGGAAGUACCACCGCUGCAGCCUCAUCCUGAUGUCAUUCCUUAAAUACUCACAAAGUCUGUAUACAUUGUUAACCUUUGCCAGUUGGAUUUUCUUUUAUGUUGUGAUUAACAGUUCUGUCUGGAAACGCCUUAAAAUAUUAUCGCCCUUUUCCCUAUCUUUAAAUAUUUAAUAAUAUGUGGUCAUAUGUGUAUUUUGACAGUAAGAAGUCCUGAUAUUAUUGGACAUACUACCACUACUUUUACACUGAACUCAUCUUUGAUUUAUUUGGAUCAUACUUGUCCAGAUAAUCAUUUUGUGAAACUGC